ACAACAACGUCAUUGAUGACCUCUGCCUCUCUGCUGCCCCCCUAGGCCUUCGAGGACAUCUACAUCGAGCAGAGGAAGGUGGUGAAGGUGGUGCUGGAGUACGCAGACAAGAUCUUCACCUACAUCUUCAUCCUGGAGAUGUUGCUCAAGUGGCUCGCGUACGGCUUCAAGAAGUACUUCACCAACUACUGGUGCUGGCUGGACUUCCUCAUCGUCGAUGUCUCCUUGGUCAGCUUGGUGGCCAACACGUUGGGUUAUUCAGACUUUGCAGCCAUCAAGUCUCUGCGGACCCUGCGGGCCCUGCGGCCCCUGAGGGCCCUUUCCAGGUUCGAAGGCAUGAGGGUGGUGGUGAACGCUCUCAUUGGGGCCAUCCCCUCCAUCAUGAACGUGCUGCUGGUCUGCCUCAUCUUCUGGCUCAUCUUCAGCAUCAUGGGCGUCAACCUCUUCGCCGGGAAGUUCGGCCGCUGCGUCAACCGCACAGGUCACAUCCACGAGGCAGCGCUCGUCAACAACAAGUCGGAGUGCGAGGCCCUCAACGACACAGCUCGCUUCUACUGGACCAAGGUCAAGGUCAACUUCGACAACGUGGGGGCCGGCUACCUGGCGCUGCUGCAAGUGGCCACCUUCAAAGGCUGGAUGGACAUCAUGUACGCAGCAGUGGACUCACGAGCCGUGGAGGAGCAGCCCAUCAAGGAGAUCAACCUCUACAUGUACCUGUACUUUGUCAUCUUCAUCAUCUUCGGCUCCUUCUUCACCCUCAACCUCUUCAUUGGUGUCAUCAUCGACAACUUCAACCAGCAGAAGAGAAAGUUAGGAGGACAGGACAUCUUCAUGACGGAGGAGCAGAAGAAGUAUUACAAUGCCAUGAAGAAACUGGGCUCCAAGAAGCCCCAGAAGCCGAUCCCAAGACCUCUGAACGCCGUGCAGGGCUUCUUCUUCGACCUGGUGGGGAAGCAGGCCUUCGACAUCAUCAUCAUGGUGCUGAUCCUCUUCAACAUGAUCACCAUGAUGGUGGAGACGGACGAGCAGUCGCCCCGGAUGGAGCGCAUCCUCAACAACAUCAACCUGGCCUUCAUCAUCGUCUUCACCUUCGAGUGCCUCUUGAAGAUCGUGGCGCUGCGAUGCUACUUCUUCACGGUGGGCUGGAACAUCUUCGACUUCGUGGUCGUCAUCCUCUCCAUCGUCGGCAUCGUGCUCGCCGACAUCAUCGAGAAGUACUUUGUGUCGCCAACGCUGUUUCGAGUGAUCCGAUUGGCCCGCAUUGGACGGAUCCUGCGUCUCAUCAGAGGCGCCAAAGGCAUCCGGACGCUGCUGUUCGCCCUCAUGAUGUCCCUGCCCGCCCUGUUCAACAUCGGGCUCCUCCUCUUCCUGGUCAUGUUCAUCUACGCCAUCUUCGGCAUGGCCAACUUCGCCUACGUGAAGCGGCAGGCGGGGAUCGACGACAUGUUCAACUUCGAGACGUUCGGCAACAGCAUGAUCUGCUUGUUCCAGAUCACCACCUCGGCCGGCUGGGACAGCCUGCUGAGCCCGAUCCUCAACAACUCGCCCGAGGAGUGCAACCCCAACGUCCCGCACACCGGCACCACCGUGCGGGGGAACUGCGGGAACCCGUCGGUGGGCAUCACCUUCUUCGUCACCUACAUCAUCAUCUCCUUCCUCAUCGUGGUCAACAUGUACAUCGCCAUCAUCCUGGAGAACUUCAGCGUGGCCACGGAGGAGAGCACCGAGCCGCUGAGCGAGGACGACUUUGAGAUGUUCUACGAGGUUUGGGAGAAGUUUGACUCGGAGGCCACGCAGUUCAUCGAGUACGCCAAGCUGUCCGACUUCGCCGACUCGCUGUCGGAGCCGCUGCGCAUCAGCAAGCCCAACAAGAUCAAGCUGAUAACCAUGGACCUCCCCAUGGUCAGCGGGGACAAGAUCCACUGCCUGGACAUCCUCUUCGCCUUCACCAAGCGCGUGCUGGGCGAGUCGGGCGAGAUGGACGCCCUCAAGCAGCAGAUGGAGGAAAAGUUCAUGAUGGCCAACCCCUCCAAGAUCUCCUACGAGCCCAUCACGACCACCCUGAGGAGGAAGCAGGAGGACGUCUCGGCCGCGGUAAUCCAGAGGUGCUUCCGCAGGCACCUGGUGCGGCGGCAGCUGAAGGCCGCCUCCUACCUGUACCGCCAGAUCACCACGCCUCGGCACGCCGGGGUAGAGGGCGAGGACGCAUUCGAGGAAGCGCCAGAGAAGGAGGGGCUGAUCGCCGCCAUGAUGAGGGAGAACUACGGCUCCAGCUCGCUGGUGACGGUGUCCUCCACCUCCUCCCCGCCGUCCUACGACAGCGUGACGCGAGCCACUUCGGAGAUCUUCCACCCGCUCGUCAUCACGGUGGAGACGGAGGUGGAGACGGCGGUGGAGACGGCGGUGGAGACGGAGGUGGAGACGGAGGUGGAGACGGCGGUGGCCGGCGACGGCGGUGUUUGCUGCAGGGAAGAACCGAUCGAACGACCGGCGGUGGCCAGAGACCCUCGCGGGCGGCAGGAAGCGGUACCAUAGCGUGGACCAAAUAUGAGGAGGUCCUGGUCUUCUGGGUUAGGCCCGUUUGAUUGAUCUUUUGUUUUACUGAAUGUACCACGGCCGAGGAGGCGGAGCCGGGUGGAAUAUCUGCUACCUUUCCAUGUUGAUUCCGUUAGAGGUUCCUGAACUCGCUUUUGGAGUUUCUUAAAGGAGAGGGCGGAGUCAACGCCGCCAUUUCCUCAGAGUGAAAGACACAAGCGUAGAUCCCGUCAACCUCCGUCUGACCUUUGACCUCAGCCAUAAGGGUGUCAGAACAAGUAUAUCAGAUGCCCAUCAUUUAAGGGCCUGGGGGGGGCGGGGUGCCUCCCCGCAGGUGAUCAAUACUCAGAAUGAGCGACGGCGUUCCUGACUCUCGGGAGAGGAGGGGCGCCGACGAUGAUUUCAAGAUGUUUUCGUAGUAAAAGUAGAACUUGUCUCCAGUCUUUAAAUAGCAAUUUGAUUAUUGCUAUUUUUUAUAUUUUUUAGAGUAAGUUGAAGAAGAGAACAAUAGGCGGCCUUGUUGCGUACGGCCAGUAGAAGAAGAGUAAAGGGGCGGAGUCAGGGCACAAAAAGCAAACAAAAACAGCCGAGAAGCGACUUCGACUAUCGUUUUGCACUUUUGAGUUUACACGUUGAUUGACUUUAAGUUGUGGACCAGGCGCUUCCUCCUGGAGAUUCGUCCAAACGUCUCUCUGCUUCUUACAAAAAUAGAGUGUGUUAUAAUUUAAAGUCUGGCUGAAGCUAAAAUAAAUGUUGCACCAAAUACUAAAUUGUUAUCAACCACACGGCCGAAAUGUAAUGAUUCAAAAAAUGACCAGUGACGUAAAAUGAAUCUGGAUCAAGUGCUAAUUUUAUUAACCAAUAUAAGAGUUCCAAUAUGAUUUCGAUGGUUAAAAGUGAAGUGGAACUCGUCAAGUGAAUUCAUUAUUCACUUAAAUCAAAUUUCAAAAUAAUUCAACCAAGCUUCUCUGAAGAAUCAAACAUUCGCAUCAUGCGUCACGUCGGUUCAUCUCCUUCAUCCUUUAAACUUAACGAAUGUGCUUAACGUCGCCCUUUGACCUUCAGCGACGACCUUCUGGACGAAUCACCGGCCUGAGUCCGACUCAACUCGGAGUCCAAACGGCGUCUUCAUCAUCUUCAUCGCUUCGUUUAGACUGCUCCCCGCUUCCUUUUCUGCUCCCUCCUUCCUUUUUUCUGCUUCCUGUUCUGCUUCCCUUUCUGCUCCCUGCUUCCUUUUUUC